AUGAACAACAACAACAACAACAACAACAACAACAACAACAACGCUAACAACAACGCCGAGAACACCACUCGCUACAACCACUCCAUCAACCACGCUGUCAACCAACUUAGCAGCAACAACCCCUAUCGCAAUGACAAUUCCUUUGCCCCUGUUGACAACAAUGUCUUCACGUUGCCUCCUAUGGUCAACAAUGCCAAUAAUGGCCGUGCACCUAAUUUGCACUUUUUGCUUAAUAAUGAUAGCAGCGUGGCAGAAGCCCCUGUUCGUGGCAUGCAAGAGUUGGCUAUUUCGCCUCCUCAGCACCGCCAAUCUGAGGUCAAUAAUGGCUCUCAACAAUCUCAACCUCUGAGCUCGUCUCACGUUGUACCAAACAUUAACUUGUCGCCUGCAACUGGCGCCUCGGCAUCUGUGUAUGCUGAUGAGGAGAAGCAAACAAUUGCGACUCUUCAACGUCUACAGAACAUGUGGAUGGCUAAGAGUAAUCUUUUGAAUCAGGCCCAAACGCUUGAGGAAUUGAGAGGACAUCGUCUGGAGAUGAAGGCCAUUAAGCUUGAAAUCGAAAGUAUCAAAGAAACGUACCACGACAUGUUCCCUGCUAACCCCGCUUUCUUUCCUACCACUUAUGGACAAUCGUCCGAGGGCUCGGCAUUAAGCCAAAAUGCUCAACCAAAGGCUUCACGCCCACCAAAGCUUCCAAAAGAAAUCCCUUACUUGAACACGCCAUCCACUCAACAUUCGGAUCCUGCUGCUCGUCAGCAUAAAUUUCACAGCGCUGAAGAAUGGGCUACAAAAGUAGACCGUGUGAUGAAUUACAAUGGCUUUGAAAGCGAAGAAAGCAAAAACACACAUUGGCGCCGAAUCGUAAAUUACGCUUUAGAUACACAACAACUAGAGCGCCUCAUGUCUGCAUUGGAAAAUGCGGACGUUGAGCCUGGUCAUGAAUUCACUUGGGUCCAGGUUAAAGCAACAAUCAUCACGCUGUUCGAUACGACAGCUGAACAACGUCGUCUGCAUGGCGAGGUCAUUAAUUGUCGUCAAAAACACGACGAGGCGUUGUGCUCCUUUGUGCGACGCUUUUCAGAUCUCGUUUAUCAGGCUAAACUCCCGCAACAAGACGCCUUUAUUCGCGAUUUGAUGUUUGAAAACAUGCUAGUAAGUACUAAUCAGCUUGCUUCGGACCAUGUUAAUUUGAAAUAUGGAGCCGACUGGCCGGUGGAUCUUGAACACUUUCGCCGCGCCUUUGCCAACUUCAACACUAUGCCAACUUUUGGUACUGCUGGAUCCAAACGAUCUCGCACAGACACUUUCUUCACCAAUCAACGCGACGAACGUAAGUUCAAGCAACCCAAACACCAAUUUCAGAAUGUACCAAAAGGUGCAUGUUCGCAUUGCUUCAAGCAUGAAAAAGGUAAAAUCGUGGAAUUCAACAAUGGCAGCCACGAGUGCCCACAUGAUCCCCGCGGCAAGAUGUAUGAAAACAACCAUUGUUUCCGUUGUAAACAGGAAGCACGAAAAAGAAUAGCUAGCGGCAAAGCUCCCUCACACGUCUUGCAAAAGCGUAAAGCCCCACAACAAUUCCUUGCACGUAGUGCCAAUAUCAUCCCACAAGCGGAUCAAGCGGCCGAAGCCGACAACAACUCAACCUCUGCGUCCUCGUCUCGUUCCUCUGAAUCAGGCUUGGAUGAAAGCAACAUUGACGCUGAUGUCUCAAUGACUGAAGCUGAUGACAACUGUAAGUUGAAAAGCCGUAUGGCAACAAAACAUGAAACAAAGGCACAAGCUGACGAAAUCACUAUCCCCGUGAUGAUAGAAAACAAACGUGUAUUGGCCUUACUCGAUUCUGGAGCAAACUUUUCCUCUAUCGAUACUAAACUCUGUAAAGAAUUGGGCAUUCAAAUAAAACACGUACAUGGAAACAUCACACUUGCAGAUAGUUCUAUCAAAUUGCCUCGUAUGGGCACAACAAAAAAGUUAGCUGUGUCGUAUAACCACGUUAAGGUCACGCACCAAUUUGAAGUCAUGAACCUUGCAAGAGGUCACCCUGUCAGCAUUGGAACAGAUCUCAUGAAGACAUUUCGUAUCGGUUUCGCAGGUUUGGUAGCCAAAUGGGACGAUCAAGAAGCACAGGUUGAAGAAGCGGAAGAGAAGCCACCAAAGCCAAACGCGUCUCCAGCAGGUUCUGAAAAGGAACGAAAGGCAUUGUUUGAAACAAUUGACCCCUUGCUGGAUGCAAAUCAGGCUAUCCCCACAAAUGCAUUCUGCACUUUACCUGAAGCUGUCGUCAAACUCCCUACCAACGGCAAGACUGUUUACAAAAAACAAUACCCCAUUGCUGAUAAACAUCUUCCCAUGAUACAAGAAACAAUCUCCAAGUGGUUACGCGAUGGCAUUAUUGAGAAGGCACCGGCAGAAGUUUAUGGUCGCUGGAAUAAUCCUUUGACUUUGGCUCCCAAAAAGGAUGCGCACGGUGACAAAACAAAGUUUCGCCUAUGCCUUGAUCCACGAGCUCUAAACAUUCACCUGCCUGAUGAAACCUAUCGCUUACCUCUCAUCGAUGAAAUCUUUCGCCAAGUAAAGCAUGCAAAUGUUUUCACCACUUUGGAUCUCACACAAGCAUUUCACCGGUUACCAAUUCAUCCGCCACAUCGCGUGCACACAACUUUUACAUCACCGGUUGACAACCAAGCUUAUUGCUUUGUGUCCAUGCCUUUUGGCAUCAAAUCCACCAGCUCAAAAUUCCAACGCUGUAUGCACGUGCUAUUGGGCGACUUACCAUUUACGUCUACCUUCGUGGAUGAUGUGGUAAUCUUCUCUGCUAAUAUGCAAGAACAUGUCCAUCACGUUGCUACGGUCAUUGAAAGGCUGACAAAAGUCAACCUCGUCCUCAAUCGCGCUAAAUGCGUAUUUGCAAUGCGUUCCGUUUAUCUUUUGGGAUUCUGUAUCUCUGAAGGCGGUCGCAAAACUCUUGAUCCCCGCAAAGUAGCCAAUACGCAGGAAUGGCCAACCCCACAAACCGGCAAGGACAUCGAAAGAUUUAUGGGCGUUAUCAAUUACUUUCACGCUCACGUCCCAAGGGUUGCAGAAUUAUCAGCACCUUUGAAUUGCCUACGCAAACUCAAAUACCUUGGUAAACAUUGGGGUCCAAAACAACAACAAGCUUUUGAAGCCAUCAACGCGGUGCUUGCACAACAUCCUGUGUUACAUCAACCUUUUAUGGAUCGUCCAUUUUAUGGGGCAACCGAUGCUUCAAACAACGGCAUUGGCGCUGUCCUAUACCAACUCUCGAAAAGUGGCAAAAAACGCUACAUCGCUUUUAUGGCUCGAUCAUUGAAACCCGCUGAACGCAAUUAUCAAAUCACCAAGAAGGAACUUUUGGCUAUCAUCUUUGCUCUCAAUCGCUUCCAUACUUAUCUUUGGGGCAACAAAUUUAUCUUGUAUACCGAUCACCAAGCUCUGGUAUACUUACAUUCCCAGGAACAACUCAACCCAAUGCUCACAAAAUGGCUCGAUCGCAUCCUCGACUACAAUUUCGAAAUCGUUUACAUCAAAGGUAUACUUAAUACGCUGCCAGAUCGACUUUCUCGGCUGUUCCCUGAUGCUCACAGCCUGGGGGAGGGUGAAAACCCGCAGCAAUUGCAAAACCACAAAAAGGUUAAGCAUGACAACCCUAUGACAAACAAUGAGGACAACGAGGAAUCGGGUCCAUCAGAUGAUGAGGAUGAUGAUGAAACCAAUACAAUCAAAGAUCCAAUCGCUAGAGCCGCACACAGGAUCAGCAGGGAUUACAUUGAACCACCACCUGAAGCACGUCACCAGCUACUUAUGGAAUCUCAUCUUCUCGGUCACUUUGGUGCCGAUGCAAUCGUAAAUGACAUUCACAUGAAAGGCAUGCACUGGCCACACAUCAAAAACGAUGCAUUACGCCUAACACAAAGUUGUGCAAAAUGCCUACAAGUAAACACCAUACGACGUGGAUACAAUCCUCUACGCCCAAUCAGCUGUGACAUUGCUGGCGACCACUGGUCUAUUGAUCUUGCAGGUCCAUUAACCAAAACAAAUAGAGGCAAUGAAUAUUUGCUCAUCAUGGUGGACAUUUGUACAAGAUUCUGCCUACUGAAACCAAUCCCUGACAAAAAAGCAAACACCAUUGUCACACAACUAAUUGACGCCUUUACCACCUUUGGAAUACCAAGAAUCGUGAGCAGCGACAAUGGAAGUGAAUUUUCAAAUGAACUCAUGGAGCUGUUUACAAAAACAGUGGGCAUUGACCAUCGUUUAAUCACACCCUACAAUCCUCGAGCAAAUGGCAGUGCUGAGCGUUGGGUGCAAAGUGCAAUCAAUGGCAUCAAGAAAUCAAUGGAAGGCGCUAUUCCCGAUUGGGAUUUAUACGUACCCGCUACACAACUAGCCUUAAACGUUAAAGUAUCAACGAGACACAAAUCACGCCCUUUCGCCUUGAUGUUUGCACGCAACUUGAAUGAAUUCAAGGACUACAGCCAAGACGCACCAAGACGAUCCAUGAGUGUAGAAGAAAUGAUUGAAAAUGCAAACAAGAUGGAGGAAAUCAUAUUCCCGGCAAUCAAUGAGCGCACCUUACAAGUGAACGAAGCAAGGAAAAAGGAAUUCGACAAGAAGCAUAAGCUCGUUGAGUUCAAACCUGAUGACCACGUGAUGGUAGCUGAACGCAAAAACGACAAAGAAGCAAACUAG